AACUUCUAUUGGUUGUGUGCUUAUCCAAUGAAAAAUAGUGUUGGUUUCCCCUCACUGCAGUAACCCAUGUGUGACUACCGGUGAGUACUAGCAAAGCAGCAACAUGCUUCGUCGAGAGAUGAGACUGCGACGGGAGUACCUGUACAGGAAGGCCCAAGAAGACAGAGUGAGGACGAUUGAGGAGAAGAAACAGAAGCUGAAAUCUGCUCUUGAUGACAAUCGUCUCAUUCCUACUGAGGUGCGCAGAGAAGCUGUGCAGUUACAGAAAUUACUGGAGUAUGACGAUGAGGGAGCAGAAGGUGUCAGCUCUCACAUGGAUGAUGAGUAUAAAUGGGCUGGAGUGGAGGAUCCAAAAGUAAUGGUUACAACUUCAAGAGACCCCAGCUCUCGACUCAAGAUGUUUGUCAAGGAAGUGAAGUUGAUCAUCCCAGGAUCUCAGCGUAUGAACAGGGGAGGUUAUGAAAUCAAUGCUCUGGUGCAGGCCUGUAAAGCCAACAAUGUUACAGACCUUGUCAUCAUUCAUGAAACCAGAGGACAGCCAGAUGGGUUGGUGGUGUGUCACCUUCCUUUUGGACCUACUGCCUACUUCACCCUCUACAAUGUGGUAAUGAGACAUGACGUGCCGGACAUUGGCACCAUGUCUGAGGCCUUUCCACACCUCAUCUUUCACAACUUCUCCUCACGACUGGGCCAGAGGGUUUCCAAUAUCCUCAAGUAUUUGUUCCCAGUACCUAAAGAGGACAGUAAACGAGUUAUCACAUUUGGCAACCAGGAGGAUUUUAUAUCUUUCAGACAUCACACUUACAAGAAAACUGACCACAAAAACAUUGAGUUGUCUGAAGUUGGACCUAGAUUUGAAAUGAAAUUAUACAUGAUCAAGCUUGGUACCCUGGAGAAUGAAGCUACAGCGGACAUUGAAUGGCGCCACCACGCCUACACAAACACUGCCAAAAAGAGGAAAUUUCUCAGUCUAGAGUAGCCACAUCUCUGUGCAACUCUCAUCGACCGGUCAUGUUAAAAGCAGCCUGACCACAUAGCCUAAUGCUGUGUUUUCAGGUUUGCACACAAUUUUUUAGACUUGUAUUUCUUGGAAAUAUGGUGUAAGACAUGGGUAAUUGUAUGGAAGAGGACUCUAAGAGAGAAUUUGUAUAUAAAACAAAGAUUAUUCUCUGACAUUUUCACUGGGCUGAAUAUAAUUUGUCUUCAAAACAAUGCUGUUGUAAUCUUUGUAUGUCACAUUGUUCAAUCAUUGUUUCAUUUUCCUGGGAGCCACAUAAUUGAAAUGUUCUUUUCUUCAGUUUGUUAGACUGACAAUUUUGCAUCAGCAUCAGAAUAUUAUAGUCAUGUAUGGGUUUGUACCUUAUCUGUGGUUGUGACCAUCCCAGAAAUGAACACUGUUUAAUAAAUCCAGUUCCUGUUUUUA